GGAGGAUGGCCUAAAAUUCAAUUAUCACUUCAUCAAGGUAGUCGUGAACAAAAGUUCUGGAUAAGUUACGUACGACUGUAUGAGUUGCGAAUCAGCUGCGGCGUCUUCCCUCCUUCACCACAAAAGCGAACAGAAUGAGCUCCGUAUCUUCACUCUUCAUCUUCUCCGCUACUUCCAAAUCGCACUCCAUUUUCAUAGCUCCAAAACCUACCGUCUUCAUUCUCAAACCCCAGCAGUCCAGCCUCACUUACUUUGCCAGACGUCUGAAUGUAAAGUUUCGGCCGCUUAAGGGCCCUUGCCGUCGAAUUCGGGCCAGCGUCGAUGUCGCGUCCACCUCGGCCUUCAAACCCGGAGCCUCCGUGGAGAGCGACAAAUUGCCCUCUGAUAUUCGGAAGCGAGCGAUGGACGCAAUUGAUUCCUUCGGAGGACGAGUCACUGCUGGGGAUGUCGCCAGUAAGGCUGGCCUUCAGUUGAGCGAGGCUCAGAAGGCUUUGCAGGCUCUUGCAACUGACACCAAUGGGUUUUUGGAGGUGUCAGAUGAAGGCGAUGUCCUUUAUGUGUUUCCCAAGAGUUAUCGUUCAAAUCUUGUUGCUAAAUCAUUUAAGCUGAAGAUUGAACCGCUACUAGAGAAAACAAAGAUGGCAGCAGAAUAUUUACUCAAAGUUUCAUUUGGAACUACUCUGGUUGCUUCAAUAGUUAUUGUUUAUGUUACAAUUAUUUCUCUUGUUCUUUCAAGCAAAAGUGAUGAUGAUGACAAUCGUGGAAGGCGAAGCAGAUCUUUUGAUACAAAUUUCACAUUUUACGCAAGCCCAAGGGAUUUAUUUUGGUUUUGGGAUCCAUACUACAAGAAACAGCAAGUGCAUGAUGAUUCUGGUGGGAUGAACUUCAUUGCAUCUCUUUUCUCUUUUGUGUUUGGUGAUGGGGAUCCAAAUCAAGGUAUUGAAGAAAAGAGGUGGAAGUUGAUUGGGCAAUAUAUAUCAUCAAAUGGUGGCGUUGUCACUGCUGAAGAACUUGCUCCUUAUCUUGAUAUUGAGAGCAGUAGUAAAACGGAUGAUGAGUCAUACAUACUACCUGUGCUUUUACGGUUUGAUGGUCAACCAGAAGUAGAUGGCGAGGGAAAUAUUCUCUACCGGUUUCCAUCACUUCAACGCACAGGUGUUCGUCAGAGUAGUAGUGGAAGGAAUGAGUAUGGUGGAAGAAGACAGGCUGAGUGGUUUGGAAAUGAGAAAUUUCUUAAAGAGAAGAAGUGGCAGUUGAGCAACACCAGCCCUUCGCAGAAGGCACUGGCAAUUGGUUUGGGUGGGCUUAAUCUUUUUGGCGUCAUUAUCCUUGGUGCAAUGUUAAAGGAUGUAGGUCAUGUCACAGUAAGCCAAAGUAGUCUUCUCUCUCUUGUGUCUGGUAUAUUUCCACUACUCCAGGUUUAUGCUUGGUCUUUCUUCACAAUUCCAGCCGUUAGAUGGGUUUUAAUUCAAAAUAGAAAUGCCAAAAUUGAAAGGAGAAAUACAACGAGGAAAAAAUAUGUCAGUGCUCUUGAACGUCCAGAUCUCUCUCUAAGGCGAAAGCUUUUGAGCGCGGGAGAUAUGGCAAAGCGGACUUUUAUCGGACAGGAGAGGAUUGUUUACAGCACCGACAGGGAUUUGUAUGAACAAGGCUACGAUGCCAAACAAUGGGAACAAAGAUUUCAAGAGAGAGAUAGAGAUGUCUGAACAAGAAGUCUAUUACUCCGUAUUUGGGUUUUUUGGAUUUUCUUCAAGAUUUACUUGAAUACACAUGCAUGCACAGUAAGAUAUUAGUUGCCUCUUGAUGAGAGAGAUGAUUGAUUGGAUGGAUGCGAAAGCUUAAAUUCCCGACGAUCGUACGUACUGACCUUCAAGUGCAAGGCAUGGAGGUGAAAUUUCAAUGCACAUAUUCUUGCUUAGUACUCUUUUUACUACGGAGUACUUUUCAUUGUAGACUGUUUUCCAGAAGUACAAUUUUUUAUCAAUUUACUGGGAGAGAUCGAUUGAUGUAUUUAUAAAUUUCAAUGCUUUUUAUGUACUAGUAACUGCUUAUAUAUAGGUAGUCAAUGACAUCGGUAAAAAAGAUGAUACUUUACAAAUUGGGAGAGAUAUCGAUUGAUGUAUUUAUAUAUGUAUGGUUAUGAUCUAAAACAAGUCAUUCUAAAUUUAGAAUUAGUACAAAUCAUUCUAAAUUUAGAUCAAGUAUUGUUCAACCUC